CCGACAGCUUUGUCGGAAACACGUACGCGUAAGCGAAGAAACGAUUCUAAAAACAGAAUAUGUAGAACGCACGAAAAUGUGAGUUACUGGAAACGAAAUUCCGAGAGACAGCGAAACGAAAUAGAAUCGAAAGGGCAAUGGAGAGGCAGAGACUUUGUUAGACGUAUAUCGUAUAGGGCCGAAGUGCAAAAAUACGAAGACCAAAAAAUAGGGGAGAACGUAGAAGUAGUGUUAACGGAAAAAGGUAGCGGAAUUCUGAUCGUUAACGUGCCCGAUCUACCUUAUAUAAUACGAACACAGUCUCAGGAUCGAUGAAUGGAGGUGUGCGUCCGCAGUGUGUCACGUUAUCGUAGAAGUACAUGUUACGGUCGAGUGGCGUAUCGGUCGCCGUACGUCGGUCGUUGUCGCCGCCAUUGUUUGCAUGGGCGAGCGAUCGAGUAUACACGAGCGUGAAAACGGGUCUAGCAGCGGCGAAGAACGAGGGAACGCAGAAGACGGACAACGAUACACGGUCGGACGGGGUCGUCGCGUUCGAAAGAUACCUGAAAAUUGAGAACCGGUUCGCGGGACGAGCUAUGAAAAGCGUCUGCAUUCCGCACGUUCGAGUGCGGCUUAUUGUCCCGAUCGUCCGAAGGGCAAAUCGGCGGCCGAGGGUUGCGGGAAUUGUGAACUGCGGUUAACGAAAGACACACCGAGAUUCGAUAGUUCUUCCCCCCCUCCCCCCUUCGACUAAUGUGGCCGUUUCGGGCAGCGAUGGUCACGGCGUUCGCGACGACAGAAAACGUGGAUCGUUGCUGUUCCGUGUGCUACGACGCUACCGAUGCAGCUUCGCCGAAGAGAUCGGACGCGAUUUGGUCGUUCCCUUGACCGGAUUACAGUCACAGUACCGAAGAAAGUUUCAGCGGUGAUGAACAAUACCGUGCGGUGCGCGAACGUGUGCGAUGCUUCGUUGAAGAACGGCCGCUUCUUCUCUAAGAAUGGGUACCCAACGAGAUAUUUUCUAAUACUGUGAUCACAACGGCCUCGAAUCACGCGUAGCUUUUUGUGCUGAUCGACUCGCGCGUGCUUUUACUUGAGAACAUUAUGUGAUACCUCGUCCAUCGGAAUCUCUGCACCCCUUCCUCGUCGCAGCGUUACAGAUCACAAACACACAAAGGAUGCUGGACCCUUCCUUUUCGCAUCGAGAAGGGAAUCUUGGCCCCGUGACGAUGCUGAUUCUUUUAAUUCUAUCGUUGACCGACGUACCUUCCGUGAAAGGUUCCUGCGAGUUUCCGGCGAGUUGGGCCGGCGAAUGGUACGAGCACAGCAAAGUGGUAUCGGUUACCGUGAACGCCACUUCUCUGGGUGAAAAAACGUGCGUGGAACGAUCUGCUGAUUCAUACAUCAUUUACGGGGACAAUUGCUACCACUGCCUAAUCGUCAACGACAGACACGAGAAUGUGAUACAGUUUCGCGAGGGAUACUGCCACCCGGCGCAAAUACCAUUGGAAGAUAUGUGCUCGACCAUCAAAUCGGACGAUACGCUUUUCUCGAUGUUCCGUGUGAAUUCCAAGCCGAUACCGUGCCCCUUCAGCGGGUCGUCGUUCACGUUCUCGUACGAUAAGGGCUACGGCGAGUGCUUGUCCCCUGUCAGCCUUGGGGAGAAGUGCACCGACGAGAGUAAAUUGCUCCUCAAGUACCAAGCUUGCCCGGACAUUACCAGGAGCGAAAGCAACACGGAAGAAUUGCAAUGCCUGGCGGUGUGGAACGAUGGCCGCAACAAGUACCUAGUUGGAACUUUGAAGGGAAGAAGCGUGUCCGGGGCUGAGAAAACCUACAGAUGCUUCUUGUACGAGGAGAAAACGCAUCAUCAGGGGAAGGUGAUCUAUCUACUGGCUCAAUCCGGCGAGCCUACCUGCAACGGCCUAACCACCGUUUCCGAGGGAUCGCCUACGAUCAAACUGACAAAAAUCGACAAGGAGCACAAUAAAUGUAAAUACCCCUCGUGGAUCACCGAGCAUCACGACUGGCAUUCGUUGGAUGGCACCAAGUUCUAUCACUUCACGAACAAGAACGCGACUCUGAAGGUGCGAGUACAAAACACGGAGGGGGACACGUCCCACGACGAGAAGAUCGUCUGCCAAAAUCUAGAGAAAUUCCACUCCGGCGACAGCGCGCAAGGGCACAAAGUACAAUUAAUUGCUCACGUAACCAGCGGCUGCGAUAUCGGUUACGUUUGCAUGAUAUUCCACAAACGGGAUCAACACAUUAUAGAGUUACAACAGUCGGAUCAAAAGGCCAUAAUGCCGGACGAGGCGUGCUCACUCUCGAAUACAUCCACCAUGCCGUACACCACGCUCAUCAGCUCGUCCCUGCGCCAGAGGAAGUGUCCGAACCAUGGGAGAUACACCAUGCUAGGAUUCGCUCCGUUCCAUUUGGCCGGCACGUCGACCCGCCGACAGCGUCGCAGCGAGAAACGUACGUCCAGAAUCGUCAAAAGAAGAACAUGGAACGAGGACCUGCAACAGGUGAAGACGCACGAUCAACUGCAACGGCAGCAUCAGCAACAGCAGGCACACCAUCAUCACCAUCAUCAUCAUCAGCACGGAGGGGAACAACAACAACAGCAGGAAGAAUACGGAGACGAGUGCAGCACCACCGAUGUCGAGAUAGGAUGCACCUCGUCGGAUCAGAGCGAGAUCGUUACCAGAAAAUCGUGUGGAAGCGAAGAAACGACGUACUAUUGCCAUGGAAGCUGGGAAGAGAAGGAUGCCUGGUACACGAUAGUGUCACGGAAAACCAGCCAGACCUCUCCCGGAUUCGGGCAGACGUACUGUUUGUCCAUGCGAUUGAAAGGCAACGCGGGAAAAUCGACGGGGACAAGUAAUAAAGCUAAACUGCCCGAUCAAGAAUUCUGGGUUACAAGAUUGGACCGCGUUUGCCACAGGGAACCAGCGGACGACGCGUGGACCUACUCCCUCAUGAAUCAAGGCGUUUGCGAGGACGCAACGAAGGCAGCUUCCAGUUUAGCGCCGUUCCUUCCUCUAUCGAAAGUCUUAUUUAUUAUAAUUGCUGGGAAUUGCGCGGCCUACAGGUAUUUGUUGAGAUGAUAUGCGUGUUCCAAGUGAGACAAAAGCGAUGCUCGAGGUGGUUCCGUUCCUCCGAACUGUUGCGCGAAACGAGCAAAGAAAAAGGCCGGCAAACCUCUUCGAGCUUUCGUGUUCCUCUUUUCGAAGAGGUCGAGACCGAGAUCGGGCGAACGGAUCGAGUCGAGCGACGCGAUUCGUUGAACAGAGCCGCGACGUUCGAUUGCGCGGUUGGCGGAGGAGCACGCGUUCCAUCGUUUCUCAUAUUUUCCUUCUUCCUUUUAUUUACAACUGGUUUCAACGGCAGCUCAUAGGUAAUUAUCGUUUAUUUCCAUCCAUCUUUGCUUCGCUUCCGUUCCGCGCUGGCCUAGCCCCUCGGCUUUUCUAUUCGCUUGUUCGGAGACUCCUUCACGCGGGACCGUGUGAAACCGUUAUUAGUCUUUCUUCGAUUGAUCGGACGUAUUAUUUCGUCACGGUCCUGCCGCAGCAUACUUUAAGGACGUACUUAGAUUUUACACGCGAGGACCGUCCGUUUCGACAGAGAAUUUUUUGAACGACGUUUAUAUGUAUAGCCCGUGCAUUUAUAAGUUUUCUAUAUUUGUAUCGUUUUCGAAAGCGUGUCGAGAACAGAGCGUUCUCUGUCGCGCCCAGAGGAACCGCAGACGUUAAAUGUAAGAGCGGAAAAUGCGAGCAACGAGGCACUAAUUUUUCGUGAGAGAUAACUUGCGAGUUUCUAAAGAGAAAGAAAGAGAGAGAGAGAGAGAGAGAGAGAACGUGUGAGAAUCAGCAUACCACCGAGCACCCGCGGCUUCUAUAGACACAAACAGGGCGCAACGAGUCAAGACCAGCUUGAUCGAUCGCGGGCAAGAUUCUACGACUAAGAGGUGUUCGAUUCGACUAACGCGUAACAAUUACAAUAAGAGAAAUCCUUCUUUUUACUUUUUAAUCGACUACACGUUGUACAUAAUAAUUUAAGCACUGUAUAAAGACUGUUUUUAAAGAGUAUAAGAUUUUCCACAAAUCGCGACGGAUCGUCAUCGAAGCGCGCGCCACCAGAUUUCACGCGCAAUCGUUCGAACGGACCGACGGAAAAUGGGGGGAAAAAAAAUGAAGAUUACGCUCGGCGUAAUAAUAAAAAAUAAGAUUAUCGCGUGGAUGGCCUUUGCGCGCGUGGAUGAGAAACUAGACCAAUUCUAGCCCAGAGACACCGAGUACAUCGAGUCGUUGACGGACAGCGAUGCGAUUCGUUUGAAACGUUCAACGGCAGAGAAACUAUCCUCGAAUCGCACUUGCCUGUUUCUUUGUUUGCAAGGCGUCCGGCCUGGCGAAUCGUGUUUCGCGAUCCUGUGGAGAAACGUGGCGUGUGUCCAGUAAAAAACACACCCUCGUCGCGCUCGCAGCAAACUUUAGUUUUGUAGCGACGAAAUUCGUCGAGAGAGGGGAGCACGCGAAUAAGCUGACGCGCGUCGGUCUAAUGUUCAUAGGAUAAUGGAACUUUUUAAGGACGGAGAUAAAUUUUUAUUUUUAUACGCAUAAACGCCAUCGUUCCUGGUUCAAUUUCCCGUUCGUUCAGACAUUCUCAGACUUUGCUUCUCCACCCCCGAGGAGAACAACCACCCACCCACCCCCUCGCCGCACUCGGCCGAUCAUUCUUUCCUCCCCACUGUAACACGCUCUCCCUCCCCUGCCUGUUUUAUACACUACACUUUGUUCCCGAUACAUGUUCGGAUACAUUUUGAUAAGACUACCGUGCGCCGCGUCCACUAGGAAUUUUUCAGUCGAUGAAUAGUUUAAAGAAAAAAAAGAAAAAAAAGGAAAAAAGAAGAAAGAAAAACGAGAGCAGGUUUCUAUGCGUCUCCGCGUCUUUGCGUGCCAGUUAAAAGGUACUUUGUAACACGCGAUUCUCGCGAUCGGAACGCUUCUUCUACAUCUUCAUCUUGUUUCAUUUGCCAACGAAACACGACUGCCCGCGUUUCACGCGAACUAAUCUUAAGGAUAAGAUAUAUUGCGCGCGUUGUCAUUUUUUAUUAGAUGUUCCUGGCGACGGAUCCUCCGCAUGCGACAAGUAAUAACGAACGUCUCGCGGACGGGGUGGCGGUCGCGUGCCGCUAAUUAUAGACGCGCGGCUCGGCGAGGGGUGCAGCAGCCCCGCGUCGAAACUCGCGUAUUUCCAAAACAACAACGGGGGGAAGAUCGUCGGAUAAAAAUGUCUCGACGCGAUGGAUAACCGAUUCGUUCGGUGGAUUUUCGCGAAACGCCGACACGCACGGACGAGAACGUGAGAGACGCGUAGAGACACGGGGACGGAUGCGAGUAGCGCGACCGUGAAUUCGUAUAACUGACCACGAACAAUUUUUUUACGAAUGUAUAACUAUACGUGUACGCGUGUUUGCGCUUUUGUACAUUUUGUAUAAUGAGUGCGUGUUUUGCCGAUCCUGGGAGUGCGUGCGUAAAGAAAAAUCGUGUGAUCAAAAGAGAGAGAGCGAGAGAGAGAAAAGAAACGAAAAAAAGAGAGAGAGAGAAAACUGCGCACAAUCGUGCGCGCUCGCGAUGCUCUAUUGUUUCUUUAACUAUUGUGAUGUUAACGCAACAACGACGAUCAUAACGACGACUGGCGACGAUAACGACAAAGAUGGUCUCUCGGUGAGACAAAGAUGUCCUACGAUUCGGAAUAAAAAUAGUAGCGUUUAAGAAUAUACACCCUGCGUUGCUGGCCUCGAGGGUCGCGCAGUACGCAACGAAAAACACGCGCAUCGAUCGCCGCCGAUCGAUCGAUCGAUCGAUGCGCGAAAUCCACGAGGGAGAAGCUCUGCGUGUUUGUUUUUUUUUUAUUAUCGGGACACGGCCGCGAGCCUCGUUUCGAAGUGAUAUCGUGCAGAGUCCCGACCGACCGUUUCUCAUCGUUCCUAAUCGACAGAUCGACGAAAGUCUGCGAGCUCCGGCGAGCAAGAUGAUAUACCUGCCGAGGCUGCGUCGAAAAGAUUAUUUCUCGUACGGUUCGUCAAGAAAAAAAAAAGAAUUGCUUCUCCCCACGGACGAGAAAGAAAAGAAAUAAAUAAAAAAUGAUAAGCGAUCGACGCGUCGCGCUACCGGUUCACCGCGAUGGCACUUCGAGAAACCGUGAACCGUCAGGGCCUUUUUACUCGAUCAACCGAACAAGCUCGGUGAAGAGAGUCUAGAGCGGCGUCGGUGUUUAGCGAUUCACCAGAACCAUGGAUCAAAUGUUGUGACCCAUAAGUAAAAGCUACACUGUGUGUAACGUUUAUUAUUAUAUUUUGAAUAUGACAAAAUACACAUUCAUGUACAGAAAA